UCAGGAACAAUCCAUACCCCUCCUAUCUCAAGCUACAACAGUGGACAUUGGGAACCAGUGGAUACACAGACUGCUUAUUAUAAAGCAAUGUCAACAUGGGUUCUCGGUGGAAAAACAACGGGAAUUGUGGUAUAUCAGGGAUGCUCUCCCUGUGUGUUUUAGUUAGCUUGACUAUUUGCUUGUCCAGGGCUGAAGACAGUGCAAUGGAGAACAUCGUAACAGAGAAGAAGGCUGAGGAGAGCCAUAGGCAAGACAGUGCCGAUCUGCUUAUUUUCAUCAUGCUCCUAACUCUGACGAUAUUAACAAUUUGGCUCUUCAAACACCGGCGGUUCAGAUUUUUGCACGAAACGGGACUAGCUAUGAUAUAUGGAGUGUUGGUUGGUGUGGUACUACGGUAUGGCAUUCAUGUGCCGCGAGACAUCAACAACAUCACCCUGAGUUGCCACGUGAAUGCCAGCCCUCCCACCCUGCUCGUGAACGUCAGUGGCAAGUUCUACGAAUACACACUGAAGGGAGAGAUCAGUUCCAAGGAGGUGGAUGAGGUGCAAGACAAUGAGAUGCUUCGUAAGGUAACAUUUGAUCCGGAGGUGUUCUUCAACAUUCUACUGCCCCCAAUAAUAUUCCAUGCAGGCUACAGCCUAAAGCGGAGACACUUCUUCCGGAACAUGGGCUCCAUCCUGGCCUAUGCCUUCCUGGGCACAGUGAUUUCCUGUUUCAUCAUCGGGCUGCUGAUGUACGGCAUCGUGACGCUGAUGAAGCAGGUGGGGCAGCUGGGAGGAGACUUUUUCUUCACCGACUGCCUCUUCUUUGGUGCCAUUGUCUCCGCUACUGACCCAGUGACGGUCCUGGCCAUCUUCAAUGAGCUGCAGGUGGAUGUGGACCUCUACGCUCUGCUGUUUGGGGAGAGCGUCCUGAACGAUGCUGUUGCUGUGGUGCUGUCCUCCAUUCUCAUUUAUUACGGGCGUCACAGUCACAGUGGGGCGCUGUCGGCGGGACGUCACGCCCGCGGAAACCUUCCUCAUUGGGCAAUGGGCGGGCCCAACUCUACGGCCACGCCCCGCAACGGCUCCAUCGUGGCGUACCAGCCGCAGGGGGACAACACCCACACCUUCGAGGCCAUGGCCAUGCUCAAGUCCUUCGGCGUCUUCCUGGGGGUCUUCAGCGGGUCCUUUGCCCUCGGCGUCGUCAUCGGGGUCUUCACGGCACUCGUCACCAAGUUCACUAAGCUGCGAGACUUUCAGCUGCUGGAGACCGCCCUCUUCUUCCUCAUGUCCUGGAGCACCUUCCUAUUGGCUGAGGCAUGCGGCUUCACAGGUGUUGUGGCGGUGCUGUUCUGUGGGAUCACCCAGGCCCACUACACCUUCAACAACCUCUCACCGGAGUCACAGGACCGCACCAAACAGUUGUUUGAGCUGCUGAACUUCCUGGCGGAGAACUUCAUCUUCUCCUACAUGGGCCUGACGCUCUUCACCUUCCAGAACCACGUCUUCAACCCCAUCUUCAUCAUCGGAGCAUUCCUGGCUGUCUUCCUGGGCAGGGCGGCCAACAUCUACCCGCUCUCCUUCCUCCUCAACCUGGGCCGCCGCAACAAGAUCAGCACCAACUUCCAGCACAUGAUGAUGUUCGCCGGUCUGCGCGGGGCCAUGACCUUUGCCCUCUCCAUCCGGGACACGGCCACGUACGCUCGGCGGAUGAUGUUCAGCACCACCCUGCUGGUGGUCUUCUUCACCGUGUGGGUUUGUGGAGGAGGAACCACGCAGAUGCUCUCCUGCCAACGCAUACGUGUGGGAGUGGAUGCGGACCAGGAUAACUCAAUCGGUCCGGAUGGCAUAGAGCGACGCAGCACUAAGCAGGAGAGUGCCUGGCUCUUCAGGAUCUGGUACAACUUUGAUCACAACUACCUGAAGCCCAUCCUGACCCACAGCGGCCCGCCCCUCACCACCACCCUGCCGGCCUGCUGUGGCCCCCUGGCACGUUGCCUCACCAGCCCUCAGGCCUACGAGAACGAGGGCCAGCUGAAGGACGACGACUCGGACCUGAUCCUGAACGACCACGACAUCAACCUGACGUACGGCGACGUCACCAUCAGCACGGACGCCAGCGGUGUGCACCGCACCACCGUCUCCAGCGGCGCCCGGGCCGGCAACGCCUCCUCCAUGCCUACGGGGGGCGCCGGCGCCUCCUCGGACGAGCUGGACCGGGAGCUGGCCUCGAUCGACAACGAGCUGGUGAUCCGCGGCACGCGACUGGUGCUGCCCAUGGAUGACGGGGACUCGACGAUGCCCACCGACCUGCACUCGCGCCGGGGGGUGAUGAGCUGAGCUGAAGGGGUGGGCUGGGUGGAUGGAUGGAAGUGGAGCUUCCUUAUGUUCUGAUUCUCUUUCAUGCCCUCUCUCUCUCUCUCUUUCACUGUCUUUGUCUGUCUGAACCCUUCUGGACUUGGUGAGGGAAUGAGUUGAGCGGCGACGGAGGCAUGGAUGUGUAUGUGGUUAUUGAGAGCGCGUUUUUCUUUUAGCUCUUCUUUUGUUUUUCUUUCCGUCUUGUCUCUCCUUUCUUUUCUUUCUACUGAGCUGAGUAGUCAUCUCUGCAGUAGGGAGUUGUGGGGUGUUCUUCCUUCCUCUCUUUCUCUUUUCUCUCUCACUCCUCUCUCACUCCUCUUUCCCUCUGGUUCUCUCUCUUUCCCUCUCUAUCUAUCUUUCUCUGACUUGCUCUGUCUUUCUAUCUGGGCUGUCUCGUGCCCCCUUGCUCCUCAUUCUGCGGCCCUCCUCUCUUUCUCCCCCAAGCAUGGAGGUACGUGGCGCAUGGAAACCAGAAGCACUCCUCUAAUUCUCACUCUCCCUCACUCUCUGUCUUGCUCUCCCUCUUUCUCUCUCUGUUGAUUUCAAUAUCAAUCUCAACCCACUGUCUUAUUAUGGCCAGUCCUCUCUCUCUGUCUCUCUCUCUCUUUCUCUCUCUCUUUCUCUCUCUCUCUCUCUCUCUCUCUCUUCAGUGUCCUGCUCUCCUUCUUCAGCGAUGUAUCACCCCAUCUCUUUUCUUUUUCUUCCCGUUUCAUGUUUUUAUGUUAAAUCAGGUGGCUGAUUCGAUGUCUCUACCUCAUUCUUGUUUCCUGUAUUCCAGCUUCUUGAUUUCUUGCCAUCACUGUCGUGUUGGUUAUUUUUGCCUUCAUGUACGGAAGGUGCCGGAGUCGUUUUUUAUUUUAUUUUUUAUUAUUGUUAUUAUUUAUUUGUUUCUUAAAACCCCCACCCCAAUCCCCAAGGCAAAGGAGAAGCAGAAAGCCACUGCUGCGUUAUUAGCGUUAUCUCUUUUUAUUUCACUCUACUUGGACUCCAUCCAGACCGCGUAGCAUCACCCAAAAGCGUAGUCAAGAGGCGGUACAGCAGCAGUCUUGAAGCAUGUGUCACUAAGCUCUCCCCUCUUUAAAGCAAAAAUGGGCACCAGAACAAACAAGCUUAAGCUUAUCUUUUCCUGUCUGUAUAGCAAGGUGUAAAAAAAAAUACUGUCGACAUGAAUAUGUAUGCUUUUGGUGUGUGCAUGCAUGGUGCGUUGGUGUCUGCAGUGUGCGAGUGUGAGUGUAUGUCUGUCUGCUUGCGUACCUAAUAUUUCUUAAUCGAGCGUCAAGAGUGCUGUUGUUUUUAAGCGAAGGAUACCAGUUGGCGUAAGCUUAUGUUGACUGAUGGGGUCAAAAAUGCUUUCUACUGCCUUCUCUGUGCUGUGACAGUUGAAUCAGAGGCAUGAGAGGAUGGCUCUCUGUGUUGCUGUGUGCGGUCACAAUCAAGCAAGUGCCUGAUGAAUGUACAGUAAACGUCCUGAGUCCCCCUCCCUCACCUCACCUCUCCCUCCUUCUCCACCUUGGGUGCAGUACACCCUUCAGACCACCAGAGGGUGGUGUUGUGUUUCGGUACGGAGACUCCUCUAUCAGUGUUUUGAAUUUGGUUAGGAGUUGACUGGGGGUGUUUUCCAAUAUCCUGACUCCUGUCCUCAGCCUGUGCUUGUGGACUCCUGCUUCACGUGACAGCUCGCAUCUGUGGGGAAAACUUUAACGUUUUCCCGCUGUCAGCCUAGCCAUAACAACUGUUGGAAACGUUUCCCUUAUCAAAAUCCUGAUUGCAAAUGAGAAAACGACCUUUCAAUUGCGCUUUUGCGAGAUGGCUGAAUUAAACUUCUGUUGUCAAUUAUGUCUUGUGACAUCGUCACGAGGCCACAAGCACUUGGGGAGGACAGGAGUUUGGAUAUUGGAAAGCAGCCUGUAUGUAUGUGUCUGGAGUAAUGGUGUUCUUCUUGACCUAGCUAGCACAAGGCACGAAUCUCACUCAUUGACCUUUGACUGUGACCGUGUGAGGGUUUUUUACACCUUGUUAUAUAACCCCGAUGUUGCUCAUCAUAGCGUUUCGAAGGGCUGCUGUUCUUUACAGGGGGAGGCUGAUUUGGAGGUAAAUCAGGGGCAAAACUCGGGGGUGGGGUUGCAUUUUAUCGUCUCUCAGCGUGUACUGACUUCUUAAUUUUUUUGACAGCCUCAAAAUAUUUUUCUAUCCAUUUUUGCCAUGGAACAAAAUAUUAUUAUUGACGCGACAAAAUGUCUGUCAUUUGCGCUCUGUGUUUGAUAUUCAGCACCAAAAAAAACAACACUGUACAGAUUAAGCAACACAUACACACGUUACUAAAAUCCACUGAUGGAUCCUGCUUUUUGUAAAGUCACGUCUGCGUAACUGCUGUAGUUUCGAAGUGAUCCCGCUUUGACCUUUUUUGUAAAAAAAAGAAAAAUAACAAGCAAAAGGAACAAUGUGACAAUGGCAAGAGAUUUGUGUAAACUUCUGAAAAUAGCCGAAAUAGCCCUGUUUUUUUUUUUAAAAUAUUCUUUGAAUGUUUCAGAGAUUUAACCGAUUCACAGAAUACAAUUUUUUUCUGCCUAGACAAAAUGAGAAACAAACCUUUCCUUCUUCUUUCCUUAUUGUUUUGCAUGAAGAAUUGUAUGGAGAGGGCAGAGGCCCACUUGUCUACUGUACUGACAGGGUGGUGUCAACCAAUCAAAAUGAUGCUUCAAAAUGCUGAAAUGAGACCGCUAAAGUAAGAGAUGGGACUGCUGCAUGCCAGUAAAGUGGAGGGCUCGACACCCAAAGACAUGUAUAAAUGUAGAUAUUCUUUAAAAUAUGUAUAUUUAUCAUUAUAUAUAUUUUAAUUUAUACAUGUCUGAUAACACUGGCAUGUGUUCAUUUCACCUCUCUGUUGUCAUAGGUUGUCAUCUGUUGUCAUAGGCUGUGUCUGCUUGGGGCUGCGUUUGGGGCUGCCCCCUUCCACGGACGGGUUAGGCAUAAAUCCAAUUAAGUUGUGUGUGCAGUAUGCACUGUGUUCUAUGGAGCGCUGUAUCUCAGUGACUGAUAAAUGAAUGAUUUCCCAGGGAGGCUUUCACUUUCAUAAGGUGUGAAGUACAUGAUCUGUUCCUUUCCCAUAGAAGAGAAGUAUUUAUUGUUCGAGUUGAGUUUCAGAUUUGGCCAUAGAAUAGCUUCUGUGUUUGGAGAGGCCAUGCGAUUGUAAUGGAGGCUAUCUAGCAGAGUGGGACGAACAGGUGCAGGAAGACCUCCGUCACACGAUCAUGGCGUUGAUUCCUGAAGGUGGUUUGAUAUUUCACGUUACUUGAACUGAGCAAGACAAUAACAAAAAAACAAGUCUGCUUUGUGAAGUGAAAUGGCUGGCCUUCACACUGCUUCCUAGGGAAGGGUAGCGGAACGGAAAUACUGUUGGCUAGAGCCAAGAGAUAACCAGGAGAACAGCCUGUGGCCCUCCUUGUGGUUGGAAACAGGGCACUGCCUGCCCACCAGAAAAUCGUCUGACUCCCUUUGAGCUAGUGGCUCUCUGCCAUCCUAGCCCAGGCCUGUGUAAAGUUCACACAGCUAAGGCUGCAAGGCCAUAGCUCCCAUUGCAAAUGAUCAAACUCUACACUAAGACUGCAUAGAUGCCUAUUCCUGAGAGAAGAAAAGCAGCUUGUCUGUGUCGUGUGUGUGUGUUUGUGUGUGCAUAGAUGACUUUUAGAGAGAGAGAGAGAACGGGAGAUCUGAAGGAGAGGAUGGAUAGGGGGAGAGGGAUAGAUAGAAAGAAAGACAUAACUGGUCCAAAUGCGCUGUCGUUUCUUUGAGUCCGUCUGGUGAUGGUUGAAGCCAGACAAGUGGCCAACCAGUCAGUGUAGG